CUAUUUCCGGAUGUGUCGGGGCGGGCUCAAGCGAGCCCGAUGGUGGUGCUGCCAUCCACGGAGAGUGAGGCAUCGAUGUCGAUGGUCCACAACAUGCACAUGAAGUUCUACACCGCGCCCGAGCCGCAGGAGGACCAGGCAGAGGAGUGGAACAAGAUGUGCGCGCAGCAAAGCGAGUUGCUCGUGCAACUGCCGCCGGACUUGCAAAUCUCGGUACUGUUUGAGAAGCACGGGCCGAGCUGGCCAUUCGAAAGCGUGAUCAUGCUCGCAAAUGUCGGGCCCUGGCACCUUGUUCCGCUGACCAUUCCCACGCUCCCAUUGACAGUGAUCUUGAAGUUCACCUCCCGGGUACCCGCGCCCGCUCACGUCGAGCAA